AUGUCUAUUCAAUUUUUUCCGAAAUUAAGUCAAAAUUUUAUUAAAUUAUCGGAUAAUGGUGAAUAUUAUGAUAUUACGAUUGAAGUUAGCAAAGACCCUAACGUAAAAAUAUUUCGUGCACAUACUGGUAUUUUAUGUUACCGUUCUCUAUAUUUAAGAAGAUAUUUAGCUUUAAAUAAGAAGAAUAAUGAUAAUGUCUUGGCUCAGACCAAAUACGAAGUUCCAUUCUUUAAAGUACUAUUUCCAUCAGAACUGACGGUAGAAGAGAUCUUAGCAACUAGGUCGGAAGAUAAACUUAAGUCAAGAGCUCCCAACCGAUAUUUAAUUUACAGAAUCGCAUUCCUUAAGGAGCUUAGGGGUCAGGGAGCGAUAUCAAAUUUACAAAGAUUUAUUGAAUUCUUAUAUGGAUCCUGA